AUGCAAGUAACAGGGCCCUUCUGCAUUAACCAUAGCAUGUGGUACAGUGAGUGUAAGUUCCUUUGGCAGUGCCACACAGUUCUACUCUUUCUGCUGUGGGAGGGAAUGAACUGUAAGGAACAGACAGAGGCUCUGCCAGGGUUUAGCAUAGAGGCCCCAGCAGGGGUGAGAGUGCAGAGGGGGCUCUGUGUGCGCAUCCCCUGUAACUUUACUGUUGGUCCCGGUUAUACCUUAACCAGAGAUGCCAUUGGAAUCUGGUAUAAAGGAUAUAAUGGAUUUUUUAAUAAAUCAAUAGUUGCAGCUUCUACUGACUCCUCUCAGUUCCCUGAUACAACAAACGGGCGCUUUAUAUUCACUGGGAAAGUGAGUGCCGGAGACUGUUCCUUCUCUAUCAGGGAUGCACAACCAGGAGAUACUGACUGGUACCAGUUCCGACUUGAGGAUAGAGAUGGAUUAAAAUUUAACUACCUUGGUACCCAACCAUCUGUAUCUGUGACAGACCUGAAAGAACCUGAUAUAUCUCCCACCGAGGGUCUGAUCGCUGGGGAAGAAGUGACUCUGACUUGCACUGCUCCUACAAACUGCCCUGGGCUCUCUCCAACCUUCACAUGGGAAGGGAGUGUAAAUACAGAAAGAACACAGAACCAUACAUUGCGGCACCAAGAUGGGAACUUCAGCUACUGGUCCAAUAUCACUUUCACUCCAUCACCGAGGGACCAUAAUUCCCCCUUAACCUGUACAGUGACUUAUAAACAAGAGUCGACUAAGAAAAAUAUUACCUUGAACGUUGAUUACCUAAACAAACCUGAUAUAUUCCCUAUAAAGAAGCUGAUCGCUGGGGAACAAGUGACACUGACUUGCACAGCUUUUGGGAACUGCAUGGAGACUUCUCCAACCCUCACAUGGGCUGGAAAUAUAAACAUAACUAAUGUAGGAAAUUAUCAGUUGCUCCAACCAAGUGAUAAUGUCACCUACGUGUCACACGUGACUUUCACCCCAUCACAGACAGACCAUAAUACCUCACUAACCUGUACAGUGACUUGUAAAGGGAUCUCUACUAAUCACAGCACCAUCCUGGAUGUGGAAUACCUAAACAAACCUGAUAUAUUCCCUAUAAAGAAGCUGAUCGCUGGGGAACAAGUGACACUGACUUGCACAACUUUUGGGAACUGCAUGGAGACUUCUCCAACCAUCACAUGGGCUGGAAAUAUAAACAUAACUAAUGUAGGAAAUUAUCAGUUGCUCCAACCAAGUGAUAAUGUCACCUACGUGUCCCACGUGACUUUCACCCCAUCACAGACAGACCAUAAUACCUCGCUAACCUGUACAGUGACUUGUAAAGGGAUCUCUACUAAUCACAGCACCAUCCUGGAUGUGGAAUGUAAGUCUUGA